AUGGCUUCUAGGCAUCGUGAUUUCAAAAUCAAAGCAUGGCCCAUUGUUUCUCACACUUCCAAUGAUCAGAGAGCCGAGACCGAUGUCUUGUGGCCACUAAUUCGAUACGAGCGAAAUGGAACAAAAUCCAAGUUCAGCAUUAGACCUUUUCUCUUCAAAUUCGAAAGAGAUUCCGCAUCCCAUGAAUUUUCCAUCAUGUUUUUAUUCUAUAGCAUCUUUUAUAAGGUCGCAUUUGAUACGACGGUCACAUUGUUGCUGCUUCCUCUGUUGACAUUUCAUCGCAAGAGCAAAGAAUAUCAAUUAACAGUGAUACUUUCAGGUUUAUUAUACUUUUUACAUGAAUCAUUUGUUAAAAAGGCCAAAACACUAGCAUUCUUACCACUCAUGUAUUUCUUGAAAGAGCAGCAGAUAGGAACUCCUGAUGCUGUCACAUUUCAAACAUUUCUAUUUCCUUUCUUUUGGAGAUUUAAAAGCAAAGUAACCAAAGUAAUGCUCGUACUUCCGUUAUACUUUUUCUUUGAAAAUGAUAAGUUCUAUAUCAAUCAAAUGUGGCCAUUUCUUGGAACUCAAAGAAGACCUGGAAGAUAUGUUGAAUAUUCAAUAUUAUACCCUCUUUUCAGAGUUAGAAAAGGUGCCAAUACCUUUACAUUGCAUCUUCCUUGGCCUUUUUUGAAAUUACAAAUAGCUCCAGAAAAGAUUUCAUUCAGAAUGUUACCAGUGUGUUGGAUUAGAGUGUUGAGAAAAGGUGGAUCAAGAGGUUUUGUUUUCUUUUUCUAUUGGAAGCACGUCUCUGUAAACAAUUACACAACAUUUGAACCACCAAAAUUCACAUUUGGCAUUUGGGGGCUGUUACACAUCAAAAUUGCAAACGGCACAGAAAACAAGGGUCAUCACAUAUUUUGGAUAUUUAUGCUGCUUUUUUAUAGAAAGACGAGUAGCUAUAGAUAUCUAUUCUUGACUCCAUUAUUUAUGCAUCACUUGACUUACCAAGAAACUUACAAGGUGUUUACAAGAAAAAUCUUCUUAAUGCCCGUAUUUUACUUUUCAGACAAAGUGGACUCGUUAUCUCGCAAAGAAAGUUUCGUCACAGUCUUUUUACUAUACUGGUACAAUUGUUCAAUCUAUAAGGUAUCACAUCACAUAUUCUUGCCAUUCUAUUGGUACUUCCAUGACAACUCCAUCCAAAAUAUUCAUGAUAGAAGAGUAUUCGUUUUUCCAACUCUUACCUAUGGAAGAUGGCUCAAAGCUAAACGAGAAGAAGAUGUUAUUCAACAUGAGACAGUCUUAAAUUGUUGCUACUUGUUGUAUUGGCAUAGGUGUACAAAAGACAAGCAUUUUAGAGUGUGGCUGUUCUUAGUAUUUUACUACUCUGACAUUGUUGGUGUGAAAACAUUCCUUCUCUCUCUUAUUUUAUAUAUUAGACGUGAAAAGGACAAUAAUCGUAUAUUUAUAUUAUUCAUUUAUUCGAGUUUCGUACGAAAAUACCGAUACAGUUUGAAAACUUAUCCAUUGUUCAUGUGGAUUAAGUAUGAGAAAUUUCACAAAGUGAAUGACCAGGAAGAACGCACAGAUUAUUGUCAUGUAUUCGUCUGUGGACUUUUUGGAAGAUUUAGAGAUGUAGUUGGUCGCUCUUCUUUCUUAUGGAUCGUACCAUUGUACUUUUCAUCGGUUAACGAAAUGUAUCAAUCAUCAGAGAGAUUUGGAUCCCUAUUGUUACUUCCUCCAUAUUUCUAUCAUUCAACGGAUCAAGGAAAGGUUGAAACAAGUUUUGUGCUCCCAUUCUAUAUCUACAGAUCUGAUUGGAAAUACAUGUACAUUUUCCCAUUCUUCUUUGUAAGAAUGGACAGAACUAAGAAAUCCGUUCAUUUACACUUUAUAUUUGAUGUAUCGAUUGAUUCAGAGAAGAAUGAGUAUCUAUUCAAGUUCUUGUACAUUCCCAAGACGAGAUAUAGUUUGGUUCAAGCAGAUUGUUCAUACGUAGGAAGAAAGGGAGCGUCUAGCUUGAAGAGAACACGAUUUUUCAUAUUCCCACUCUUCUACUAUCAAAACCGUGCAUUAGAAACUCCAGAUUUGGACGACAAGAAUCGAAGGAUUGAGGCACCAUUAAUAACUAUUUCCUUAAUAUGGCUAUUACAUAGCAUGUGUUUAGGCAAGAUCAUCAUUGAUAAGAGAGAAUUGGUGAAAUCCUUCUACCUAAUGCCAUUGUUUUAUAUUAGAAUUGAUCGAAAUAAUCAAGUCGUAUCUGCACAGCGAAAUGGUCAAUAUUUAUCCUUUUCACUUUUAUAUUUGGUGGAUGAAAAAUUUGCCUUCUUCCGUUAUAGUCGACUCAUCACUCCCAAUACUCACAACUCGUCGAUAUUUUUAUUCCUUUUAUUCUUUUCGAGUGUGAGAAAUUGGUGGUCUGGCUCGAAAGAUUCGUUAGUACUUCAAAACGAUCACACUUUUGCGUUAUUUUGGUUUUACAAGCCAGAAUAUUCAUUGAUUUAUUUGAAUCGACAAUUUUCCACUGCAGCUUUCUAUUACUUUUGUUUAUAUGUAUUUCCUCUAUUUUGGUAUGAUGUGAAUCAACAAUUUGCUCCAAACGAAGAUUACACAGAAAAGAACUUGUCCAUUUUAUGGUUCAUUUACAGGAGAGUUGCAUUAUUCAAUCGAUGGAUCUCCUACAAGACAGAAGCAAAUUCCAGCUCCAAUAUUCUUUCAAGCACUGCCACUACAUUCUUGUUCCCAAUUUAUUACCGAUCCAUUACUGAUGCACACAAAGUGUGGAAAUUUUUGUGGCUGCCAGCCUAUGACACCACUGGAUUGUGUAUUGUUAAUUGGUUCGUCAAAUAUGAUGCUUCUUCUACAACAUUUGUUCCAGUUCAGAAUAGAAAAGUUGCGUCAGAACGAUAUCACUUCCUUCCAAUAUUCUACAGAGAGCUUGAAUAUGACCUUUCUGCAGCUGCAAAUAUCACGUUAAAUACCUCUACACUGACAGUGAGCACGAACGAUACCUCUAUGGUUAUUACCGGUUCCCCAUUGAAAAAGGCAAUACGCAAGGUCAAUUAUUUCUGUUGGAUUUUCGAUCGAAGAUUCUCAUGGAUCAGAGUUUGGAGUUACAAGACAUCCAACAUUCAACAAUAUGGAUUUUACAUAUUCUUGCUCAUUCUCAUGUCAUCCUCAGCUCGUCAAAAUACCUUGAAGAGAGUAUUUUGCUUGUUUUGGGCAUUCACAAAAUGGUUCUCUUUCUUCCAUCAUUGUGUCGAGUGUUCUGGCUCACCAGUUCUUUCACACAAACCUUCAGACUAUACCUCAACUUCAACCAGAAAUUUCACACUUGGACUUCACUUUUAUAGAAAGGAUGUAUCCAAUGAUAACCUUCGCUUGAAAGAAUUUUACUUGCUGUGGUUCUUCCACAAGUAUGCCUCUAUUGUAGCUUAUUGGAAUUACAUUUAUCCAAAUGCAAGCGAAACUGGAACCUAUUUCUUCCCUCUCUAUAUUUGGAAGAAGGAAUGUUUCGCUUCAAAAAGAGUCAAUUCUUGGUCAUUGUGUUGGUUCUUCCACAAAUAUGCAGCCAUAUUCCACAGAAGUACUAUUUCAUCAGAUAGAAAACCUGGAGGCACAUCGGUCGGCUCAACGAUGGAUGAUUUCAAUCAUCAAAAGUUCAUUACCUUUUUCGUUCCAUUAUUUUUCUUUACCAACGACAAUAAUGAGACUAGAAAUCUUGCCAUCUUUUGGUUCUUUAUUCAACGAAUUAGAUUCAUUGGCGUUUGGAAAUCUUCCAAGAACUUGGGCUUUUUUAUUUAUCCAUGGGUAUUCUAUGAAACUGUGAACAGUGACAUUAGUAAUUAUUCAUCUCUUUCAUUGAUUUAUUUGGUUCAAAAAUAUGCUGCUAUAUUCAGUUAUUCAUAUUACAAGAACACGAAUACUAACAAUUACAGAUCUACGCUGUAUUUGGUCCCAUAUUUUUUCCGAACUUUCACAAAGGAUGCCAACGAUAGAAAAAACAACAUUUACCUAUUUUGGUUCUUCUACAAACGUAUUGCAAUGGCACAUUACUGGAAUGAAAAACAGUUAAGUUCUGGCUCCAAUUCUGAAUCUGGUUUCUAUUCAUUCCCACUCAUUAGAUAUACCAAUGAGAAGUGUGGCACCAAUGAGACCAAAUUUAAUCUUUCCUUAUUAUAUUUCUUCCAUAGAUUGUUAGCUCUCAUUCACUACUCGAAUCAUAUUUCCGGAACCACUUUAACACGAAAGGAAUCCAUGUUCUUUAUUUUCCCUCUUUAUAUUCAUUUGAAUUUAGAUGAUGAAAAUUUCAAACUCACUCACACCAAAUGGAGUGUAUUUUGGCUCUUUUAUUACAAACUCGCGUUAUUGAGAUUUUGGAAUAUCAUUACGUUUUUAAAUGCUCCAACAACAACAACAACAAGCAGAGGAGAAGGAGGACAAUCCAAUACUCGUGUGAGAAAUUGGAAAGAACCAAUUCUUAAUCAAGAUUGUUCCUUCUUUAUUUUCUGCUUGUAUUAUUUCACCAAGCAGAUUGAAAACAAGUUAAAAUCUGAGAUGGGACAUUAUUUACUUUGGGCGCUGUAUCAUAAAUUGUGUAUCAUCAAACUGUCCUUGGAAACAGAAUCAAAACCUGCAGUCGAAGCAGAUCUUGGUGAAGAUUACAACAAUUCAUUCUAUAUAUUCCCACUUGUGCUAUGGAGAUCAUCAAAGAAUAAUUCCACUACAGAAAGAUAUGUUGCAUUGAUUUGGAUAUUCCACCGAUUGAUUUCACUGUUUUAUUUCUGCAAAUCGAAUUUUGGCUCCACCACUUCAUCCAUUCUUGCUACAACCACAAUUACUACAAAUUCUUCGUUCAGUACCUCCAAUCCAACUGGAAAGGAUACCAAGAUUACAACCUUCUUAUUACUACUUUUCUUCUACUCGAGUGAUACAAGGGUCAGUGAAAAGAAAUGGUCUCUCUUGUGGCUCUUUGCAAGACAAUUGAGUAUGGUUCGAUUUUCGAGAUCACUCAAGGAAGGGCGCAAGUUAUUGAAAUUCUUGUUAUUCCCAUUCUUCAAGUAUGAAAGAUGGAGUGCUCAUCACUCACGUUGGUGUCUCAUUCCGUUUGUUCCUAUCAAAUUCUCGUGGGUGGCCAACUUUGUGGUCUAUGAAAAACGAGUCAAGAAAGUUGGUGUCAUUCUUGAUGAUGGAAAGGAAGAUAAGAGGUCAAGAGAUCAAAAUAAGAUUGUUCGAGUGUUGUAUAAGGUAAUUGUUUGGCAAUUUGUGGAUCAAGUCAAAACUCUCGAAAUCAACCCAUUCUUUGCAAGUGAGCAUGAUUACACAGAUGGAUACAAGAGUUGGGAUAUUUUAGGUGGAUGUAUUGGUAGAGUUAACAACUCACCAGAGCAUGGUGAUGCUUGUAGAGUAUUUUGUUGUUGUUUUGUGUAA